GUGCUUAUUAUAUAUCGGGAUGCCAGCAGUAAAGAACCCGUACACAUGACACGUUGUCACUUCAAUGUCAACGCAGCAUGUCACUUUAUUUUAUUUUCUAUGUACACCAUGGGAAAACAAAGGCAGUGCCAGUAGUAAGAAGCUAAUAUUGGCUACAAAGGGCAGCUGACCACAAUAUAUUUAGCACAGGGGCAAUGCAAAGGAACAAUUUUAACUGUGGCAUGGGCUGGCAUUCCCUUUUCUCAAAGGCUUGUGGAUAGUGAAUAAGGCAGGGACAUGUGUGUAUGUGUGUGUGAGAAAUAAAAAGAGGGGAGGGGGAGAGGGGAAGCAUAGAGGGGGAGUGUAGUGGUGUGAAGCCUCAGUUCAGUAGCCAGAGCCGUUAGAGGUACAGAUCUCUCUGCAGUCAAGCAGCAUGUUUCUUUUCACACUCGGACUGUAUUUACCUCUCCUUCUUCAUUAUGCUUCGUCACACUCCUUCAUGGACAACAUUUUCUCCUUUCCAGCAGAACUGGAAGCACUAGAACCCAGGAGGAAAUUUAACCCAUGCUGUUUGCUGACUCCACCACCACCCCCGUUGUUCCCCCCACCCCCGUCACUGUGGCACAGGCCUCGGAGUGAUCAUGGCAACAUAUGGAGAGAUGGGAAUACAGAGGGAGAUGAUAAGAAGCCAGCAGGCUCUGCCUGCCUGGUGGGAGCACCCGGACCAGCCGGACCUCCAGGACCACCAGGACCUCAGGGUCCUCCUGGAUUACCAGGGCCAAAGGGACCAAAAGGGGAAAAGGGAGAAAUUGGGAGGCCCGGACAAAAGGGUCGCACUGGCUCCCCAGGCCUGCCAGGACGACAGGGACCAAACGGAUGGCCAGGACCGAGUGGGCCCAAGGGAGAGAAAGGUGAUUCUGGACUGAUGGGCUUGCCUGGAGCACGAGGACCAAUAGGACCCAAGGGAUUGCCUGGAUACAAAGGAGAAAAGGGCUCACGCGGUGACCGAGGCGAAGCUGGCCAAAAGGGUCAGAAGGGCACAAUGGGGCUGGCAGGAAUGCUUGGCCAGAAGGGAGAAAUGGGCCCAAAAGGAGAGUCCGGCAUCCCAGGAAGCAGAGGACCCACUGGGCAACCGGGAAAAAGAGGCAAACAGGGUCCAAAGGGAGACACUGGUCAGACAGGACCAAUGGGACCAGCAGGCCCUCAGGGAUCACCUGGUCAUCCCGGUCCUCCUGGUCUGCCUGCUUCAGGGCUGUACGUGGUGGGGCCAAAGGGGGAAAAAGGGCAGCCAGGCCUCCCAGGCAACUGUGGCUGUAACUCGCUUGUGAACCCUUCUAGUUCAUUUGACCAACACUCCAAAGCCAGCUAUCCCAGAGUGCCAGCGAUUUUUGUGGUGGAUAAUGAACAUGAACUGGUCAGUCUCCACACCGAUAACGCACUGGCUUUCCGUAAAGAUCAGAGGACUCUAUAUUUUAAGGACACUGAUGGAUGGUUGCCAAUUCAGCUAACACCAUUUCAGUCAACCGAGCGUGCUCCAGAUCAGGAAGGUUUCUGUGGUGAUGGCAUUGUGCAAGUGGAGAACGGAGAGGAGUGUGAUGACGGAAACAAGGUGGUCACAGACGGCUGUGUCAAGUGCAGACAUGCAUUCUGUGGUGAUGGCUAUCGGUAUGAUGGAGCUGAGGAGUGUGAUGGAAAAGACUUUGGAUAUCAAACCUGCAACUCGUAUCUGCCUGGAUCAUAUGGACAUCUUAAAUGCACUGCAGAGUGUUUCAUUGACUCAACAAGCUGCAAAUAUUUUACAUGAGGAGAAAAGAGAAAACACAGAGCCCCACACUUUUUUUGUGAAAGUUGCAGGGAACAAGACCGAAGGCACUGCAGACAAACAGACUAUUAAAAUACAGUUGAUUCGUGGGCAGAGGGAUACAAACAUGCAUAUUACUCUAGUUUGUUGCAGUGCUUCUGAGAAGAAGCCACAUACUGUAGUUCACUGGAAAAUGAGCACUCUGCUCAGUCACGUCAACCGCACAGGACCCAUUGCUCUCUGUCUUAAGGACUCAACCAGGAUGCUGUUCUCUGUUCUGUUCAGCCUUCUCUCUGUGGUGCUGGACACCUGCUUGACAUUCGGCUUAGAUGGUUUACCACGAAUCUGCUCUCUUUUGAAAGGCAAGCCUGGAUUAGACUCAAUACCUCAAAGUACAACUUUUCCACAAGGAUGCCAUUUUCUAGUGGCCCACCCCUCCUUCUCUCUCCCAGGGUGCUGUGUUGUAUUUGGACUGCAUUGUGAAACAAUUAGCAUUUUGCAUGAGGGCUGGGCUGGUUGAAGUAUGGUGUACUGGGCUACUAUGGCAUUCAACUAAUGCCAAAAAAACCACUCAACUCAUUAAAGCUAUGUAGAUAGAACGAAUGGCCUUGACCAAGUCAGGGUACAAGGCUUCGUGCUGGAGUGCUUCAGUAAAGGAUCGGGUAAAACCAGCUGGCUUAGUCCAUGAUGCUGAUGCUGAGUGGAUCUUUUCUGUGGUGCUAAGCCAAGCACAGGGCUGUAAAAAUAUCAGACAAGCUGCAAGGUCAGAAAA